AUGGGCUCUGAGUUGAUGUCGCUUUCACAAAAGGUUUCGCUAAUUACAGGUGCGAGUUCCGGCAUCGGUCGAUGCACGGCUAUCCUGUUUGCUCGGCUGGGUUCACGGUUGGCCCUUGUGGCUCGAGAUGAGCAGCGCUUGCAGGAGACUUUGGCGGCCUGUAAGACAGCUGGAAAAGGGCAUUUUUCAUCCGACGAGGAGCCCUAUAUAUACAUAAAAGCCGAUCUGCUGGACCCGAAGGAUAUCGAGAUGGUAAUGUCGAGAACACUGGCACAUUUUUCGCGACUUGACAUAUUAGUUAACAAUGCGGCUUACCUUCCUUGGGGUUCCAUCGAGACUUUGGAAGCGGAACAACUUGACCGCACUUUGAAGGUCAACUUGCUAGCUCCUGUUCUACUGACGAAACUCGCUGUGCCCGCAUUGAGUGCCACUAAGGGCACAGUGGUGAAUGUGUCUAGCGUCGCCGGCAAUCGUUCGUUCGCCGGCGCUAUGUCUUACUGCAUCAGCAAGGCUGCUUUGGAUCAAUUCACAAAGUGCUGUGCUUUGGAACUUGCUUCCAAAGGAAUUCGCGUCAACAGCGUAAACCCUGGCGUUAUCCUCACACCUCUGCAACGUCGCAGUGGUAUGUCCGAGGAGGAAUACGCCGCAUUCAUCAAAAAUACAGCAGUUACGCAUCCCUUGGGCCGCCCCGGGGAACCAGAAGAAGUAGCUUCAGCCAUUGCCUUCCUGGCUAGUUCUGCGAGCUCAUUUACGACUGGAGAUCUACUCCUGGUGGAUGGUGGGCUCUCUGCAGUGUGUCCACGUUAGAGCCAUUACUCUGACCCCGCUACCCGUGAUUUCUGUUCCUAUUGAUCAAGUACUGAUGAAUUCCUACCGUUGAUUUAUGUCAUGUCCGGUGCUAAAUCCUCUCCAUUUUCUAACCUCCAUGGUGAAUUCGAUUUUCUCUCAGUGUGAUACAUUUUUGUGUGCAACGACUCCAAGCUGCUUAUUAAAUGGUGCAAAUACGCGUUUAUGUGUCGCUUUAUCGUUGAAGACUCAGCAUGUUGGC